UCCGCGCCCCCAUUUUCCCAUGCGAACAUAUCGUCUUGUUAUUAUUGUAGUUCUCAUUCUUGCUUCGAAGACGUGUUCAUAUCGUUAAAAUCCGUAACCACUGUCAGUUUCCUAACCUCUUCAACAACGAAUGUUCCGGUGUUUCCAAUUGCGUUGAGUUAAUAGUGACUUAUAAAUCGUAACAUGAUGUCGCGGUCAGUGCGUGCAGAGACUCGUAGUCGUGCCAAGGAUGAUAUUAAGCGUGUAAUGCAAGUCGUUGACAAAGUUCGCCAUUGGGAAAAGAAAUGGGUUACUAUAGGAGAAACUACUAUGAAGAUUUAUAAAUGGGUGCCUAUAUCAACCCUUGAUCAGAAGAAGAAAGGAAAGACAGUUGCGGAUAAAGAAAAUGGUUUACCAAGAAAAAGUGGAUUAGAUUCUUCAAAUUCCAAUUUUGGCCUCACAGAAGACUCUAAUACAUGCUUUUCAACAGUUAGUGAUUCUCAAGGACUGACUGAUUUUUCUGCGCAUCUGGGAUUCUCAGAAGAUUCAAACUCGCAAAAUAGUGAACCUGCACCUAAGAGGUUAAAGACUGAUUAAAGUUUAUUGUGUGACUGUUACUCAGAAUAUGAGAUAUUUAGGAAAUCAUUUAUACCUUUUACAAAUUUGCACACUCUAAAAUUAUCUGAAAUCAUAGCUGUGAAGAAAUGGGUUAAACAAAUUUCUUUAUUUUAUAUUUUACUAUAUAUUUAGUAAAAGUUCUUGUGUAUUGAAGGAAAGAGAAAUUGUAUGAAAUAACUUCAACUACAUGUAGUAAAUUUAUUUUUUUAUUCAUGGAUUUAUUACAGAGUUUCAUGAUAUAAUUUAGAAGUUAGGAUUGAUAAUAUUUUAAUAAAAGUUUAUGUUAAAUGUUCAGUCUGUUUCAAAGUCUGCUUCCAAGAGAAUGAAAAAAGCAUAAGGCAAUUUAUUAUUAAAAACGGAUUGUACAUUCUCUAAACUAUCUUUAUAUCAUUACAGUAUUAUUUAAAUUCUCAGAUACACACCAAAUUUUUAUAUAUUACAAAGUGAUAUUUUAUUAAUUGGAUCACAGAAUAAUAAGAUAUUUGUUUUUUCUGUAAAUGAAUAUCUUAAAAAUACUUAUCUGUAAUGUUCCAUUAUCUUCAUGUUAAUUGUAUAUAAACAUGAUGAUUUGUUUGAUAAUUUUUUAAUAAUUAAAAGUCAUUGUACAUACUGCAAACAUCAUUUUUCAUGAUUAAAUAUUUUAAGACGAACUAGCAUUCCUUCAGGUUACAUUAUAGCACCAUGACAUGUACAAAAUAAGCUUUGACACUUACAAAUAAAACAAUAAAAUUGCGAAUGUUUGGAACAACA